AUGGGCGUGAUUCGCCCCUGGGUGUUGUGCUGCUCAACUCACCAGCAACGUGAGAUUGUUGAGAUAAUGUGGCAGAAGAAGUUGAUACGUUUAAUGAAGCAGAGUUUUUAGGGGACUGUCAACUUGAAUUUUGCUUUUGGAAGAGGUGGGAAGUCAUCCGUCUUGUCAGUUUUGUUCGCUUUGUCGAUGCGUCUUUUCCUAAACUUGGCCUGGAUGAAUCCGUCAUUCUGUAUUUCAUCGUCGGUCGAUGUCACUUCAGUUAAAUUUUCAAGAGGCCUUUUUAAAUUGACAGCCUUGUCAGAUUUAGAUUUAAAAUUUGCAUUAUUGAUUAACUGUGUUACCUGGGUGGUCAGGCAGUCUAUUUUACUGUUUUGGUCCCUGUCUCAGUCAGCUCCUUUAUUUGCUGGGCCUGGCUUUCGAUGAUCAGGUUCUGGCGCUGGAUGGUUCUGUCCUUUUCGUCUGCUACAGCUGGUGUCAUCAGGUCUGGCGCUGGAUGGUUCUGUCCUUUUCGUCUGCUACAGCUAAUGUCAUCAGUUCCUUUGAUUUUAUGCUAAUUUCUGUUCUCUCCUUCUGGCUGGGUCCAUUCAUCAUCGGUAUCGCUGGUGGAUCAUUACUUUGACCUCCAGAGUCUAUCUCCAUGUUUUUAAAUCGGAUUUUCUAUUGACAAACUUGAAAACUUUCACGAGCAAAAAUAUGACGUAUUGUCAAUUAUCACUUAUACAGG